GUAUAACACGCGUACGAAAAACUUUUUUGUCCUGGUGUUAUAAUGUACUAUUAUUCAGAAACAGCCAUUUUUUUUGGCUGAAAAAAUUACAGAGUUUUCCAAUAUGUCUGACUAUAUCGCAAAAAAAUCGCCAGAGUGGCACGUAUCGAGGUUCUAGGGUAAAAAAAAUGAAAUCACAUGAAUUAAUUUUUUUAUACCGUUACCUCGAUCCGUACCACUCUGGCGAUUUUUUCGCAAGAUCGUUAACUGAAAGACUUUGUUCAGUAAAAAAAAGACUGGCUUGUUUUGAAUAAAAUAAACUCGGCUCUCUCGGUGAUGAUUGUUCCAAGGUGUGAAGCUUCGUGUACAGAUGAUUUUACGAGAUUUUACGAGUACUUACUCACGAAUCAACCAUUAGUUGCACAUCAGUGAAGCCGACAAGAUUAUUAUUCCUUCUUGCUUAAAAAUGUGUGUGUAUCUUUUCCCUCUUCAAUAAAUCAAGUACUUCUAUAUUUGUGAUCAUACGAGUUUCUCCUUUAAAUAGUAAUUUAACAUAACAACAGGUUAUGGCCCCAGAAGCGCGAAAUUAAAUACAGUUCGUGGCGAUAAUAAGGAAAUUUAAUCGAGUACAAAAUUCACGACGCUUUCUUUUGAGUUUAAGCCAGUCAGUGAGCAACAGUGCAACAAAAGACACAAUGGGUAGCGAGCGCGUGAGAAUAGAAAAACUGAAAGGUGUUGAAAAUUGGGGCAUUUGGAAAUUUCAAGUGAAAAUACACAUCGAAGUCGGGGAAGCUCUAGGUGUCGUAGAUGGAAAUCACGUAAAACCUACAUUGGCCGAAAAUGCAGACGCUGGGGCAAAAUCGGAACAUCAGAAAGAAAUAAAGCAACAGUGGUAUUCUUUCAAUAGAGAUGUAGCCGACGAUAUUGCAGCACAUAUUGCAAAGAUAAAAGAUCUUGCACAUCGAUUAAGUAUACUUGGAGAGCCUGUACCAGACGGAAUGGUAAUUACAAAAAUCUUGAUGACUUUACCGCCUGCUUGGGAAUCAACAAACGAGGAAUGGAGGACUCUAACAAACUUUACUGUGAGACUUACAAUGGAAGAAUUUCGAGUAAAGGCGAGCGAUGAUCAAGGAAACAGCGCUUUUUGGAUGAAGACAAAACAGAAGCAAGUAACGAAAAGAUCACAAGAUGAUCAGAAAAAAGAAAAAAAGGCUGGAAAAUGCUAUCUUUGUGGAAAACGAGGACAUUGGAAGUGAAAUUGUAGAUCGAAUCCAGAUAAUUUGAAAUCUCAAGCAUCUUCAGAACACCGAGGUGCAACUUUCAUGGGAAAAAACAUUAAUGCAACAGACAACACUGAGAAUUGGUUCUUAGACUCAGGAGCGAGUCAGCAUAUGUCGCCAGCACGUGAUCGUUUCGUCAACUACGAAAAAUUGUUUGAGAAUGUACAAUUAAAAGUGAGGAAUGGUGUUUUGAUUCCUGCGAUCGGUAGAGGAGAAAUUAAAAUUGUCUCAUACAACGGGUCAAAGUGGGAGCAAAACUAUCUUAAUAAGAUGGAUCAGUCGGUAUAUCGCAACCGUGAGUGCGAGAGAGCUGCAAAUUUCGAAAUCAAAAUUCUUUGACACAGUAUGACCGAUUAAA